UACCAGCACCCCGCCCAGAGUGCUGCCGCCCAAACCCUCGCAGGCAGCUCGUCCACGCCCUCGCAGCUCCGGGUAGAGCCCGGGUCCUGCAUGCCUGGGUGUUUGCGGGUCCCUCUGCCCCGCCGUCUGCUGGGGGCACGUCUCUCCCCUCGGUCUCCCCGCCCCCGGGAGCCCCACCUCUCAGCCACGCUCCUUGCUUCUGCAGCCUGGAAACUCAGCAUGCGUCCCGCAGGCUUGGGGAGCGUCUUGCUGCUGGUGUCCUCCCUUCUCCUGCCGGGGGGGCUGUCAGCUGUUCCGCAGAGCUUUUCGCCGUCUCUGAGGAGCGGCCCGGGCGCCGCCGCGUGCAGGCUGUCCCGGGCCGAGUCGGAGCGCCGGUGCCGCGCGCCCGGGCAGCCCCCAGGGGGCGCUCUGUGCCACGGCCGCGGCAGUUGCGAUUGCGGGGUGUGCAUCUGUCACGUGAGCGAGCCCGGCGUGUACUUCGGGCCCCUGUGCGAGUGCCACGAGUGGGUGUGCGAGACCUACGACGGCAGCACCUGUGCAGGCCACGGUAAGUGUGACUGUGGCAGAUGCAAAUGUGAUGAAGGAUGGUUUGGUGACGCUUGCCAGUACCCAGCCAACUGUGACCUGACCAAGAAAAAGAGUAACCAAAUGUGCAAGAAUUCUCAAGACAUCAUCUGCUCUAAUGCAGGUACAUGUCACUGUGGCAGGUGUAAAUGUGAUAAUUCAGAUGGAAAUGGACUUGUCUAUGGUAAAUUUUGUGAGUGUGAUGACAGAGAAUGCAUAGAUGAUGAAACAGAAGAAAUAUGUGGAGGCCACGGAAAGUGUUACUGUGGAAACUGUUACUGCCAGGCUGGUUGGCAUGGAGAUAAAUGCGAAUUCCAGUGUGACAUCACCCCCUGGGAGAGCAAGCGAAGAUGUACAUCUCCAGAUGGCAAAGUCUGCAGUAACAGAGGGAUUUGUGUGUGUGGUGAAUGUUCUUGCCACGAUGUGGACCCCACUGGAGACUGGGGGGAUAUUCAUGGGGACACCUGUGAGUGUGACGAGAGGGACUGCCGGGCUGUCUAUGACAGAUAUUCUGAUGACUUUUGUUCUGGUCACGGGCAGUGUAACUGUGGCAGAUGUGACUGCAAAGUAGGCUGGUAUGGGAAGAAGUGUGAACACCCACGUUCCUGCCCGCUGUCAACGGAGGAGAGCAUCAGAAAGUGCCAGGGAAGUGCCACUCUGCCAUGCUCAGGAAGGGGUAAGUGUGAAUGUGGCAAGUGCACCUGCUACCCGCCGGGAGACAGCAGGGUGUAUGGCAAGACGUGUGAAUGUGACGAUCGUCGCUGUGAAGACUUGGACGGCGUGGUCUGUGGAGGCCAUGGGACGUGUUCCUGCGGUCGCUGUGUUUGUGAGAAAGGAUGGUUCGGGACGCUCUGCCAGCAUCCGAGGAAGUGUAACCUGACGGAGGAACAGAGCAAUAGUCUGUGUGAAUCGGCAGAUGGCAUAUUGUGCUCGGGAAAGGGCUCCUGCCACUGUGGAAAGUGCCUUUGUUCUGCUGAAGAAUGGUACAUUUCAGGAGAAUUCUGCGACUGUGAUGACCGGGACUGCGACAAACAUGAUGGGCUCAUUUGCACAGGGAAUGGAAUCUGUAGCUGUGGAAACUGUGAAUGCUGGGACGGAUGGAACGGAAAUGCCUGUGAAAUCUGGCUCGGCACGGAAUACCCUUAACGAUUACGUGGCAGGGAACCGGGUUCUUCUUUCUUCUCGGCCCUCAGAACGUAUAAAUGCAGAGGAAACCAUGUAUAAUCACCACUACGACAGGUCAAACAAGACUAUUGUAUGUUUUUCUCUUUCUGAAUGCCAGAAUGAAAUCUGGGUACCCAUUAAAAAUGAGUUAAGCAAAUUCUGAUGAAAAUAGCAUCAGAAAAAACUUUUCCUACCUUCAUUUACAUGAGUGGUUCUCAACAAGGGCAAACUUUACCACCCAGAAAACGCUUGACAAUAAUGUUUUCAGGUAAUUUUGAUGGUCACCCUGGGUGGCGUGGAAUGCAUGUUAGGGGUGGAUAUCCAGUGGGUGGGUGCCAGGGAUGCUGUGAGCGUCCUCUGGGGCACAGGACAGCCCCACCACAGCAAAGAAUGACCUGACUUCACAUGUCAAGGGUGCCUGAGCUGAGAAACAUUGAAUUACAUGGUUGUUAGAAAUGUACAACCCUGUACAAGACCAUAUUCAUGUCUAAGGAAAAAAUACAGCCUCACAUAAAUCCAUGGACCAUAUUUUGCCAGGAUUCCAUAUCACUCAUCAUUUCCAUGGAGACAUAAGGAAUCCACACACCCAUAGGACAUGGGGCAGAAACUACAUCAGUGCUUUUGAAAAAAAAGAAAUAAACCUGGUCACUUUAGCCAUUAAAGUCAUUUGUCUUAUCCCCCUUUAGACUCACAUAAAAACAGACUCUCUUAAAAUGAAGGAAGAUAUUAUGAAAAAUGUACAAUUCAACAUUUUAAAUAAAUAGUGACAUAACUUGCUUAUAUUCUGUGUCAGUAUAUAUUUACCUACUGAGGAUUAACUCCCCCAAAUGAAUUUUUAUUCAGGGGUAUCUAUUUUCUAUUUCUAGAACAUUUUUUAAUAUUGGGCAGGGGUUACAUGUAUAAGAAUUCUGAUUUUUUACUGUUUAAACUACUCCAUGGUAACUUGCCUUUUAAAAAGACAGCAUAUAGUUAGAUGUAUGAUGGGCCUGAAAUAUACAUUCACCUCCCUUAAAAACUCUUAUUUGUAAGGAUACAUUACUUAUUGGAAAAGUAGGCUCAUGCAAAGAAAUCAAGAAAUUAUAUUAAGAUUAAAAGUCUCAAAAGCUCAGAGGGUUUAAAAAAAAAAUCCAGAAAUGCCUGAAAUAGAAAUUACAAGUAUUCAGUCAAUAAUAAGAACAAAAUGUUUAUUUUCUUAAUGGUGAAAUUCUGCUCUGUAUGAAAUUCACAUUGAAUUAUGAAAAUGUACAAUAAUUCAGACUUCCCUUACAUAUUUACAGUUAAAUCUACUUAUACACAUUAGUUAGGCAACCCUUAAUUAUUUAGAGCUAAUAAAAACCCCACUUUUUUUUUCUAAAGGUGAUUUCUAUCUUGUAAAAUCCUAGAAUAAUGUAACAAAAUCAUUUCCAUAUUAAGAUGAAAAGUUUUACUUGGAAAUUUUCCUUGAUGAUGUAAAUAUUCUAGAGUUGUGGCUUGGACUUUUCUAAGUCACAUCACCAAAAAUAAGGAAAAUAUGCAUCUGCUGAGUUACUGAAAAUUUUAAUAUUGAAAAUUAUUUAAGAUAAAAUUUAACUGAUGCUGAUUUUGAUAGUACUAAUUGUGUUCUUGUACUUUAAGAGAUUUAUAAAAUUGUCAUUUCUAUCCUGAGAUUAAGGAGUGCAACCAUGUGAUUGUAUCUCUAGUCUCAAGUAUAUCAAUCAAUAUAUCAGACUUUGUAAAUGAGGGAAAUAGGAGCUGUGAAGAAACAAGACAGAUUAUACUCUUUCCUCUUCUCUAUCUAAACACUUUAACCCUCAGACAAAGCUGUUAUUGUUCAGUUGCAGCUCUGAUGCCUUAGGUGACGCUGCACAGACACUGAACUUCAUCACCUUAUCCAGCCGUCGUAAUUUGCACAAAAGACCUUCAGGUUCCUUUCUUGCAGAACUUUGGUUUCUAUAAAGGACCAGAUGGUAAAUAGUUUAGACUUUGUGGGUCACAUACAUCUCUGUUACAAAUUCUUGUUUGUUUUCAUUUAAUAUUUUAAAGCUGAAAAAACAAAUUCAUUCUGAGCUCCUGGACUGUAAGAAACAUUGGGAGAUGGAUUUGGCUUGUACCCAAGCAGGAGUUUGCCAGCCUCUGCUCUACUGAAACUGCUCUUAGCUUCCUCUCUUGUCGCAUAACCCUCGGUGUGUCUUCUUUUUCUUAUCAUUCUCUACAUCUGUUACCCCUUUUCAUUAACAGCACCUACAACAAAAGUGCUGUUCUUUUAUUUUCAUUUAACAAAAAUGUCCUUGGCAUUCAUUUUUUUUAAGAAAAAGUUAAAAUAUGGAGAUAUUAGUGUAUUAUAAAGUUCAAAAUGUGAUUGGUCCAAAUUUUUUGACAAAGCUGAAAAUAUUAUUCAGCUCUAUUCUGGGGUUCAUUUAGCUCAGAAUUAUUGAACCAAAAGGAAAUUAUGGCAUUAAGUCACAUGGUACCUACAGGCUAAUGAAUAUUUUUCUUCUAAAACAAAAAUAUUUUCAUUUUACCACUUUCUGUCUGCUGCAACAGUUCUUGUGUGUGUGUAUGUAUGAUUUUGGGUGUCUAGCAAUGCAGACAUCAAUAGAUCUAUGAAGAAGUGAUUUAACUUACAUGUUUAAGUUGGAGAAAAAUAAACAUAGUUACAUACAAAGACAUAAAUUUCUACCCUUCUUAGAUGUGAUUUUGUAUUUUGACUUUUGAUUCCAUUGCUUAGAUAGAAACUCCCUCUUCAAAAAAAAAAAAAAAAAAAAAAAGGCAGGG